AUGCUGGUUGCAUUCAGCCUCUUGUUCGGUGACUACAUGUUUCGGUACCUACGGUCGAAGAAGUCCCUGAAUCUCGGGUCCAGGGACAAGCUGUUCUUUGCCUUCCUCGCCAUUGCCGUCCUUGCUACUUUGGCUCGUUGUGUCUUCCGUGCCGAUGAGCUGAAGGAGGGUUACCAAGGGGAACUGAUCAAGCAUGAGGAUUUAUUCAUUGCUUUGGAAGGAGUGUUGAUCGUUGUGGCGGUCUUUUGCCUCUUCAUCGCCCAUCCUGGCUUCGUCUUUAACCGGCCAGCGAAGGUUUACUACUCUGUUGCUACUGGCACUGAAGCCACUGAUGAGAUGACUUAUCGAUCUAAGCUCACGGAUCAUGCCACCGAGUCGGAGAAUUAG